AUACUUAGAUAAUACGUCGUCGUUCCCCGAUUUAUCUUUGCAUUAAACUAUAGCUUUUCCACAUUUGCAGAAAAAACUGGGCAAUACCAAGUCCAACUGUCAAAUUCAGGUGAGUUUUCUUUUCUUGAUCGUACUUUCUUCUUUUCAUAUGGUUUCCAUUUCAUGAUUUAUAAUCCUUUAAUAUCGAGUGUUAUACAUCAUGAAUUGCUGGUAUUAUUUGCAACUAUUUCUAUUAACAAAUUUCUAUUGUUGUUUUUGUCUUCAUUCAAUUUAGAUAUUGAAUUACUGUCAUUUGCCAUAUCAUGUAAUAAUAUGCGAAGUAGUAUCUUCUAGUUUUUUGAAGUAAAAAGAUUAUUGUUCUUUUAAUUAUUGAGUAGACCAAGGGAAGAUCAAGGUUAGGCAAGAAUCGAACCCAAGAUUUUAACGGGAAAGUGAUAUUAAAAGCGAUGAUUCUUCAAAAGAAAUGAAUAAACAAAUGUUAUGUAUAAACAAUCAAGAGGAUGAAGAUAUAGAGAAAUGGGUGAAUUACAGUUAUACAUCCUUUCAUCAAAUACUGCUUGUGGGUGAAGGAGACUUCUCUUUUUCAUUGUCUUUGGCUCACAAUUUGGGUUCUUUAACAAAGAAGUACAAGAAAGCAAGAUCAAACUUGGUUAAGCUGCAGAAGCUAGGAGCCUUCCUUUUACACGAGGUCGAUGCAACUAAAAUGAAGCUUCACACUGAUCUCAAGAUGAGGAAGUUUGAUCGCAUUAUCUUCAACUUUCCUCAUGCCGGCUUUCAUGGAAGGGAAGAUAAUCCGCUUAUUAUUAAAAAGCAUAGGAGGCUUGUGCAUGACUUUUUCCACAAUGCAAGGGGUAUGCUGCGACUUAAUGGUGAAAUUCAUGUUAACCAUAAAACAUCGGCCCCAUUUUGUAACUGGAAUCUCGAGGAGCUUGCUUCUCAGAACUCGCUUGUACUUUCUGACUGUGUACCCUUUCGUAUUGAGAACUAUCCGGGUUAUAACAACAAGAGAGGGGAUAGCUGGAGGUGUGACGAGCCUUUUCCUUUGGGAGAAUGCAGCACUUUCAAAUUCAUUUUCUCACCUGGGUCUAGAGAUAGGCACAGGUCGGGUUGGCAUGCAAGUGGCUUGGGCAUGGCGCAGCAUGAUACACAAAGCUAUGGGUUAGGGCUGUGGCAGGGACAAGAUGUUUUGAAUUUGGUACGGCGUGUGCUUUGUGCCAGGCAGCCCACUUUUUCGCAUGAAAACAUGACCCGCCAGACAUGGCGCGUUCCGACACAAAACACAGAACAUCCUGCCCCAACCUACCGGCCUGUUCAAACACUGCCUGACUUUCCGACACAAAGCACAGCGCAUCUUGGCCCUCCCUUCCGGCCUGUUCAAACACUGCCUGAUGUCUCGACACAAAACGCAGCACAUCCCACCCCACCCUACAGGCUUGCUCAAACGCGGCUUGAUGUUCCGACACAAAUCACAGCACACCCUGUCACACAUUACAGUCUCUCUCAAAUACGGCCUGAUUUCCCGACACGAAACACAGCACAUCCCACCGCACACUACAGUCUCUCCCAGAUGCGGUCUGAUGUUCCAACACAAAACCAGCAAAUCCCCUCCCACGUCACUGUCUCACUCAAACACGGCCUGCAGCUAGCACAGCAUAGCCAUUCCCACCUUUACCCGGCUCUAAGAUGUUGAGAAAUUGGACUCUGCCACAAGAACAGAAUCCUGCUAGUACCACUAUUGGCUCCCUCUCCAGGUUCCUUUCGGAAUAUUUCUCAUGUGGAGGAGACAUCAGGCCUUCCUAAUUAAAGAAGAGUAAGUCGAAGCCGAAGCUAUGAUAAAUUUGUUAACAUGGGCUUAUGAAAGACUUUUGGUUUUCUUCAUCCAUUUUCUAUAGGAGCUUCAUUGCUUGCGUCUUACAUCAGAGUUUAAAUGGUAUGCCUCAUUGUUGUUGCUUCUGACUUCUUACUGGUGCCAACAUGGGAACUAGGCAUGUUGUGCAUAUGAAUCAAUCAAUGUUUUAAUGAAGAAAAAAUAGGUGUAGCUAGGAUUUUGGAAAGCUUAGGUUAUGUUGAUUGAUUUUUCUGUGUUGUGCUUGGAUUUUGUGAAGAAAGUUAUGAAACUACUUAAACAUGUCUGUUAUUUGACCCUAUAUCAAAUCAUUUACCAUCUCUUAUAGUGUUUCACCAUUUUUGAUUAUUC